AUGAGUCGAAGUCGGAACCCGCCUGCCCGGGGUCAAGGGGCUGCGCGCGCGAGGCAGAUGGGGCUGCUCCUUGACCUGAAUCCUGAUGGAGGUAUGGAUGAUGACGGUAACGAUGAAGAUCUUGAGGCUGAGUUACACAAUUUAAUGGGAGGAGGAGGUCCUCAAAGGAAAAAACGUGAAACUAAGGCUCCUGUUCCAAUAGCUGAUAUUGAGCGAAUGGCAGCUCUUUGCAUGAAAGACCUGGAUGAAGAAGACAUGGAUGAUGAUGAUUUGGAGAACGAUGAAGAUCUGCUGGCAGAAUUAAAUGAUGUUUUGGAGGAUGAGGAGGAAAUCAGACCUGCUCACACCCCACAGGCUCACAGACUGAGCGUUACAUCCCAAUCUUCGCCUCCUGCAAAUUCCAGUGGUCCAGCUGGAUUGGAGUGCCGCGUAUUGGAGCGUAUGGAUAUGUACAAGGCUGCCAUAUCCAGUGCAACUGCUUCAGGAGAAUCAAGCAAAGUUCGAAGAUAUGACCGUGGAUUAAAGACACUUCAGUCCAUGCUUACAUCGGUCCGAAAAGGAAAGCCCAUCAACGAGGACGAGAUGCCACCGCCUGUUGCUGUAGGUGGAAAAGCUAGCACUGCAGCUGAGCCUGAAUCUACGAAAGAGCAAGAAAUGCCAGAACCCGCGAUUAUACCCUACCCUCCAUUCAAUCAAAAACCUUUACGGGAAGCAGCACCAGCUGCUCAUAAUACUAAGCCAGUCCAUUUAGCUCCACCACAGAGCCCGGCUGCUUCCAUCACUCCAGGAACCCCAAUCAUCUCUCCACUGACGCCUUCUCAGCCUGACACACAACACUCAGAGCUUAAACAAGCAGUGUUGUCCCGACAGAGAGAAUACAAGCUCGCAGCCUUACAAGCCAAACAGACUGGUAACAUUGACCUUGCCAAACAGCACUAUAUCACUGCCAAGAGUCUGGACUCACUGGUGGAGGCUGUUGAUAGGAGUGAAGUAGUAGACCUGGGCUUGCUCCCACCGUCCCCUGGAGACAUAAUAGAGGAGACACAACCAUCUUCUUUCUCUAAAGUACAAACCCCUGCUGCUCCGCCACCCAGACAGGAACCGACUGCUGCCCUUCCUGCUCCCAGCAAUGUGGCAGAGGCCUUACAGCAGAGGAUGGACAUAUACAAAUCAGCAGCAGAUGGAGCGAAAAACAAAGGAGAUGACCGUAAAGCUCGCAUGCAUCAGCGGAUUGUAAAGCAAUACCAGGAUUCCAUUAAAGCACAUAAAGCUGGUAGACCUGUCAACUUAUCCGACCUACCUGUACCACCAGGUUGCCCGCCAUUACAGGGUUCGGAAAACGAUCAACAAAAUUUUAUGGGUGUCCUGGAAACUGCUAUGAAAAUAGCAAAUCAGGAUCCAGAUGCAGAAGAUGAAGACAGUCCAAAAGAGACUGCCAAGCCUUCGAUGCGUCAUCCAGCGCAGAAAGCCAGAUCUCCUGUGCCUCAAGGCCCUAGUGGUUCCACAACACCAAAACUGGGCGCCAAAGCUCAACAGCAAGUGGAUUUCCUGUUGUUACGGCGACAGGCUUUUUUGCGCGCAGCACUGCACUCAAAGAAAACGAAGGAUAUGACAGCAGCAACGCAGCACCUCAGACAUGCCAAAGGACUCGACCCCAUGAUUGAAGCUGCCAAGUCUGGCCUUCCUGUCGAUAUCACCAAGAUACCCAUAAGUCCGGUCAGUGAGGACGACUACUUGCUGGCUCGUUCCCGUACGUCUCCUCUUUCUCCUCGUACCAGUGAGAAAUAUCAUGGCCUUAUGGAUCUUUUGCGGAAACAGCAUGAGAAAUGUGUGAGCCACUCACAGCAGUUCAUAGUUAUGGGCAAUACUGGUGAAGCUCUCAAGUGUGAAAAGCUUGUCGAGGAGUCAUUCAAAAACAUUGAGUUGCUGAAGAAUGCCCAUGCCAAAGGCCAGCCCGUGCCCAAGUGUCACACGGAGGAGAAGACCUUCACUGUUGUCAAGAACUACCCCAAUCUUGCUCCAAAUGACAUGAUACUGUACAUCAUCAGAGGCAUUAACCUACCAGUUCCCUCAGGUUUGUCACCUAACGAUCUGGAUGCUAGUGUGAAGUUUGAGUUUCCUUUUCCCAGUGUGGAGGAGGCACAGAGGGACAAAACCAGCACAGUAAAAAGCACUAGCAGUCCAGAGUUUAAAGAGCAGUUCAAACUCAACAUCAAUAGAACACACCGGGGAUUCAAACGAGUCAUCCAGUCCAAAGGCUUGAAAUUUGAAAUCAUCCACAAGGGAGGCCUCUUUAAGACCGACAAGGUUGUGGGAACAGCUCAGCUGAAGCUUGAUGGUUUGGAAAACCAAUGUGACAUUCGAGAGAUUAUUGAGGUGAUGGAUGGGCGUAAAGCCACAGGUGGCAAAUUAGAGGUGAGGGUGAAGAUUAGAGAGCCCAUAUCUGGGGUUGAACUCCAUUCUACGACCGAGAAGUGGCUAACCCUUGAACCAGUAUCUGCUCUCUCACCUCCAGAGAAACAAAAACAACGGGCUCCAUCUCCUCGGUCUAAACACAGGCAUGAAGGGAACAACAGGGGCAGUCAUUCUAGCAGCUCUCCUCCUGAGUACAAGUUGCACAGCUUCAGCCUCCUCAACUACAACAAGGAUCAGUUGGAGAGAAAGAUUGGAGAGUACCAAAAGAACCGGCGGGAUCCCCCUUCUGAUCUCAUUUAUCAGUACAAAGAAGUCAAACACAGGCUGCAGUGGCAAAAAGCGCAGCUGGAGCGUGCGUCUCCUGCUCUGCUAUCAGAUUAUGAAAAUGUGCUUCGGCGCUUCACCCAAGGACUCAACGACUCUGUGAAGAAAUUUUCAAGUCAAGGCAAUACGGAUGCUGCCAAGGAUGCUCUGGGCAGGUUGAAGUUGGUAGAGGCAGAGCUGGAAUCCCUAAAAAGGAAACGCACUGGAUAA